AUGAAUGCAUUUUUUGACGAAUAUGUUCAUGCGAAAACAAACUUGAAGGAGUUUGUCGACCAGUUUGACAAUGCCUUGAGAAAGAAAAUCGAGAAUGAAAUCAGCUCGAACUUCCACUCAUUUAGCGUUACAAUUCCAAGCAUAUCUAGAUCUCCAAUAGGAAAGAGACUCCAAGAGUUGUACACGCAUGCAAAAUUCAGGGAAGUUCAGCAGCAAGUUAUGGGUGUGCUUGAUAUGGAUCCAUCUCUACUUAGACGGGAUGGUGUGAAGAAGACUUACCUGGUAGAAGAUGAAAUUUGUGUUGAGGAGUUCAUGAAACAUGUUACAUAUUAUGUAGACUUUAAUGAGGAAGACUGCGAUGUUAAAUGUUCAUGUGGAUUAUUUCAGAUGAAGGGGAUACUGUGUAGGCAUGUCUUGGCCAUAUUCAAAUGUAAUGGGAUAAAGUAUUUGCCAGAUAAGUACAUUUUAGAUCGAUGGAGGAAGGACAUCAAACAAAGAUACACGUUAAUCCAUAGUACUUAUGACACAAGAUAUUAG